UGGGAACAUUGUUUAUUGUUUAUUUGGCAUUAUUGUUCUGCUUUCAAGAUGUGAGAAGAGAAAAAACAGGCUUCCGCUAGUGGCAAGGAUGAGUUGAGUCGUGUAGGGACUCUGGAUAACUCUCCACUAGAUAUUUGUCCCAUCAAACUGGAUGGCACAAAUUAUUUACUUUGGUCUCAUACUUUUACAUUAGCCAUUGAAGCUAAAGGGAUGUCUGAGUUCAUUGAAGGCCCUGUUACUGAGCCUACUACUGAUGUUGAACUCAAGACGUUUAAGUCUCGUCGAUCUUUAGCCAUGACUUGGUUGUUUAAUUCUAUGAAGGCUGAUAUUCGUAGUCCUUUCUUGCUUCUUAACACUCCAUAUCAGAUUUGGACUAUUGCCACACAGACUUAUUCUCAGCAGGGCAAUGAUGCUCAGUGUUUUGAGUUGCGAAAGCGACUUCGUACUAUGGAUCAACACAAUCGAUCUGUUGCUGUUUACUUUGCUGAUCUUAGUGGGGCCUGGCAAGAAUUUGAUUAUUAUCAGGGGUUUCAAGCAGUCUGUUCCGUUGAUGCUGGUGCUUGGUUAAAAAGAAUAGAGAAAGAGCGUGUGUAUGACUUUCUUGCUGGUCUUGAUGUGGAGUAUGAUCCAAUUGGAGUGCAGGUGUUGGGUCGUGUUCCGUUUCCAUCUUUGGGCGAGGCCUAUGCCAUUGUUCAACAGGAGGAGAGCAGAAGGGGUGCUAUGUUACAAGCUCCUACUUCUGAUCGUUCUGCAUUGGUUGCUAUUCCGCAGGGACAGUUUGGGUCUGGCAGUGGAAAGUCUCAGUCUGGUACUACCAGUGGGAUCAUAGACCGUAUGUCACUCCAGUUUGAUUAUUGCCACAACACUGGACAUACCAAGGAUUUCUGUUGGAAGUUACAUGGUCGUCCUUCUCGUGGGCGAGGCAGUGGACGUGGAGGUCGAGGUCGUGGUCCCAGGCGUUCUCAGGCUCAGGCACAUGUUUCAGAGUUUGCUACCUUGUCUGAUUCUGGGUUCAGUACAGGAGUUCAGUCACCUUCUGAUUCUGUUGGCGGUUUCUCUCAGAGGGAGAUGCAAGCUCUCAGGCGUCUUAUGGCUCAGGCUGAUUCUUCCUCUACUAUAGCUCCUACUUCCACAGUAGCUCCUACUGCAUCCUAUUUUGCUCAUUCAGGUAUUCCAGCUAGUGCAUUUACUGCCUCCUCUGGUAUUCCUUGGAUUAUCGAUUCUGGUGCUUCAGAUCAUAUGACAGGUUGUUCCUUUGUUUUUUAUUCUUAUUCCACUUGUUCUGGUAAGGAUAAGGUUCGAAUUGCCGAUGGAUCGUUCUCUGCUAUUUCAGGAAAAGGAACUGGAAACGGGGAAGGUGAUUGGUAGUGGUAAAGCACACGGUGGUAUCUAUUAUCUGGAGCAUGCACCUCAUCCAUCUCAGCCAUCUUUAUCAUGUGGCCAAGCUCUACGGGCAGAU